AUGCCCGAGCAGGAAGCCCCCUACGACCCCUACAUCCCCAGCGGCCAGGCCGGCGCUCAACAGGGUGCUGGCGGCAAUGCCAGGACGCAGGCCCUCCAAGCUCAAAUCGAUGACACCGUCGGUGUGAUGCGUGACAACAUCAACAAAGUUUCCCAACGUGGCGAGCGACUCGAUGCCCUUCAGGACAAGACCGACAACCUGGCCGUCUCGGCGCAAGGUUUCCGCCGGGGAGCCAACAGAGUCCGCAAGCAGAUGUGGUGGAAGGACAUGAAGAUGCGCAUGUGCCUGAUUGUUGUUUCGAUGCUCCAGGCAACUCAACUCAAAUGCUAA